GACGCUCUGUGCCGCGCUGCCUCCGAGGGUAGGAACACCCUCGAUGUCCGUGGGUCCAGGGCCUAACUGCCGAGUUCGCUCCGCUGCCUGCGAGGGUGGUGGGCACAGAGCCAGAGAUGCAGCAGAUGAGUCGGGAUCACCACCUGCCAGCUCUCAGCACGGCACUACCCGGGCCUGGAGUUGGCGCCCUCGCCGGGAAAGCCACCAGGCGACAGUGCGUGAGGCUCAGUCCAGGGCUGUGGUGGGCACUGGGGGGUUGGGAACGAUCACUCUGAACCUGGCAGCCCCACGCUCGGGGACCCAGGCCUCUGACCGCAGCUCUGAGGGACCGUCCUGGACCCCGUGCCCACAGUCCCCCAGGAUGCAUUCUCCGUAACUGGGCCGUCUUCCGGUCUCACGCUGACCAGACACGGCUUUUAUUACUCUGCCUCCUAGGUCAUAAGGUCAGACGUGGGGUCAUGGGAUGUUUUCCAUCCCAUCUCAGAGCAGAUGCUCGUGGGGCCCCAGACCCUGGGGAAGGGUUUGGAAGGGCGGGUUCCAGCGGCUUUGUCCUGUUUUGCUGCAUUAGCUCUCCCUGCCAGCCCUGCCAGGGAGGGGCUUCCGUAUCCGUCUGAGGGAAGGCUCCUCCUCCCAGGCGCUUGUGCAGCUCCCAGGAAACCGCCCCGCCCCCCCCCCCCCCCAUUUCCAGGGUGCUUUUUAGGUGGCCUUGGCCUCUAGGGACUGGCCCCACAUGGGGCCACAACCACUAAAAUUCAAGUCCAUCCAAGUAGAUACACUCAGUGCCUCGCUCACACCAGCCAUGUUUGCAGUGUUUGGUGCCUGUGCGACUGGGGGCCAUACUGGGGGCACACAGUUCCCUCCCUGCUGGUCGUCCCGGGACCUCACUUCGGUGGCAUGAGCCUUGCCCAGUUGUGGAAGAGCCUGGACCAGGGCCAUCCUGGGGGCGGGGGCAAAGUCCAGCCCUGCAUUGGCCUCCCCCAACCCUCAUCUGCUGAGGGUCACCACAGAAAGGCCCAGGCCGAGCUCACUGUGCACCCCUGUGCUUCAGGGACCUCACCACUAACUUUAGAAAGGGUUUCAAUUUGACCCCGAGACCUGUUGGCAGGUCGUGACCCUUCUCCCAGGAGAAGGUUGUGGAGUUUUUCCUGGGAAGGAACAGAAUGCUUACUCAUUGCUGGGCUGAACACGGUACCCCUGUGCCUCUGUCUUGUCUAGAAGAAAUAAAUCUAAGGAAGGGGCUGGCCUGGGCCUGCUUGGGGGAGACCCAGGCCCUGGACAGCUGGGGCAGGUUGGAGAGCCGGAGGGGGCUGGCCAGCCUGGCCCCCUCCCCUGACCUGGGCUGGGAGGGUCUGAGAGGCAGCUUUGAUCCCAGGGCCCUUCCAUCCGAAGCUCAGCGCCCAGAGGGAGGAGGGGCUCCAGUUACAGUGUCCCCUCCCCUCCCCUCCCGCCGCAGCCAGCCCUUCUCUGGCCCUUCUCCGCCCCUUGGUGACCCUCGCGGCCAGUGUCUUCUGUGCUCCCGGGCCUCGGCCCCUCCCCAGCUCUCCUCCCCUCCCCACCCCCUGCCCUGCGCUGACCACAGAGGGGCCAGGCAGGGGAGGGGCUGGCGCCGCACGCACAGACUCAGAGCUGGGAGAGGCCCGGAACCUACCCAGCCCCUCGAACUGGGGUGUUGAGACGAAGCAUCUGCUGUGGGCUUAGACCUUGGGGGUGAGGGGAGAGCCCCAGGAUCAGCUGGGGGGCUGGAGGGCAGGGGCAGCGACCACAGGCCUGGGGAGGCAGAUGCCUUCAGGGAGGAGGCUGGGCAGGGCCUGAGGAGGGACUGGUGGUCACAUCCCCCACCCCCUGUCCUGGCGGUCCCCAUGCUGGCCCCGAGGCCACUCCUGCUGCCGCUCCUCGUGGUUGGGCUGACCUUGGGGGCCAGCCUGCCGCCAGGACCCAGGAGCCACCCAGGCGUGUGCCCCAACCAGCUCAGCCCCAACCUGUGGGUGGAUGCCCAGAGCACCUGUGAGCGUGAGUGCAUCGGGGACCAGGACUGCCAGGCCUCCGAGAAGUGCUGCGCCAACGUGUGUGGGCUGCGGAGCUGCGUGGCGGCCCGCUUCCCUGACGGCGGCGGCCCUGCUGUGCCCACGCCGCCGGCCUCCUGUGAGGGCUUCACGUGCGCACAGCAGGGCUCCGACUGUGACAUCUGGGACGGGCAGCCCGUGUGCCGCUGCCGUGACCGCUGCGAGAAGGAGCCCAGCUUCACCUGUGCCUCCGACGGCCUCACCUACUACAACCGCUGCUACAUGGACGCAGAGGCCUGCCUGCGCGGCCUCCGCCUGCACGUGGUGCCCUGCAAGCACGUCCUCAGCUGGCCGCCCAGCAGCCCCGGCCCACCCGAGACCACGGCCCGCCCCACGCCCGGGGAUGCCCCGACGCCACCCGCCCUCUACAGCAGCCCCGCCCCGCAGGCCGUGUUCGUGGGGGGCACGGCCAGCCUCCACUGCGAGGUCAGCGGCCGCCCGCCACCGGCCGUGACCUGGGAGAAGCAGAGCAACCGGCGCGAGACCCUCAUCAUGCGGCCCGACCAGAUGUACGGCAACGUGGUGGUCACCAGCGUCGGGCAGCUGGUGCUCUACAACGCCCGGCCCGAGGACGCCGGCCUCUACACGUGCACCGCACGCAACGCCGCGGGCCUGCUGCGGGCCGACUUCCCGCUGUCAGUGGUACAGCGGGAGCCGGCCGGGGACGCGGCGCCCACCCCCCCUGACCCGGCCGAGUGCCUGCCCGCCGCGCAGGCCUGCACCGGCGCCCCCUCCGGCCUGGUCCUCUGGCAGUACGACCCCCAGCGCGGGGGCUGCAUGACCUUCCCCGCCUGCGGCUGCGAGGGCGGUGGCCGGGGCUUCGAGACCUACGAGGCGUGCCAGCGGGUCUGCGCCCGCGGCCCCGGCGACGCCUGCGUGCUGCCGGCCGUGCAGGGCCGCUGCCAGGGCUGGGAGCCCCGCUGGGCCUACAGCCCGCUGCUGCGACAGUGCCACCCCUUCGUCUACGGCGGCUGCGAGGGCAACGGCAACAACUUCGAGAGCCGUGCGAGCUGCGAGGACGCCUGCCCCGUGCCGCGCACGCCGCCCUGCCGGGCCUGCCGCCUGCGGAGCAAGCUGGCGUUGAGUCUGUGCCGCAGCGACUUCGCCAUCGUGGGGAGGCUCACCGAGGUGCUGGAGGAGCCCGAGGUGGGGGGCGGCGGCAUCGCCCGCGUGGCCCUGGACGAGGUGCUCAAGGAUGACAAGAUGGGCCUCAGGUUCUUGGGCACCAAGUACCUGGAGGUGACGCUGAGUGGCAUGGACUGGACCUGCCCCUGCCCCAACGUGACAGCUGGCGACGGUCCCCUGGUCAUCAUGGGCGAGGUGCGAGACGGCGUGGCCGUGCUGGACGCUGGCAGCUACGUCCGCACGGCGAGUGAGAAGCGUGUCAAAAAGAUCUCGGAGCUGCUCGAGAAGAAGGCCUGUGAGCUGCUGAACCGCUUCCAGGACUAGCCGCCACCCCCCCCCCCCCCACCCCAGUGUCUGCCCACCCUGCCUUCCUGUCCUGCUGAAUAAAAGCCUGACCUCAUGGCCUGCGGGUGCCGGACCUCCUGGUGGGACCCUCACCCCACUCAGCCUGCCUUCCGGCUGGUAACCCGCUGCCCGAGGGAACGCUGGCUCCUCGGGAACCUCCCAUGUCCCUGCAGGAGCACAGGCCGUGACCUGCCCGAGAUGGGCACCUCCUCUGGUGGCAGCAGAGCCAGGCAGCCAGCUCAGUCCCGCCUCGGCAGUCCCUGAGCUCUGCCUCCUUCCUCUGCUGCCGGAGCAGAGCAACACGGUCCAGGAUGCCCCCGAGCCCUGACUCCACAGGCCAGACCCCUCCUACCCCUAGUACAGAGCCCCUGGAGACAACAGCCUGCCCACCCAGCACCGCCAGAAAUGCUCCCAGGAGCAGGCGCGGUUAACAUCAGCAAUGAGCAGCAAGAAACACUUUAUUCCCAGGUUCUAAGCAGCACAGUGGCCACCAGCCAAGAGCCCCCAGACCAAGCAAGGGCAGCCCCCAGGGCCCAGCCCUGGGAGGCAGGGGCUGGCAUCUGGGUUUAUUCCAGAACGGGUCUUGGUGGAGACAGAAACAUGCAGGAGAAAGUUACUCUUUCCGGAAUAUCAGGCACUUAUUGUUGGCUGGCAUGUCCACCUAGGGAAGAUGUUUCGGCUGGAGCAGCUGCCCCUGGUCCCCAGGGAGUUCACCUGUGCCCCCAGCCCUUCCCACCUACCAUCCUCUCCAGGAGCAGGCCACUGGCUUGGCCCAGAUCCUCCAGAAGGGCUGUGUCCCGCAGCCCCCACUCAGGGUUCCUGCAGUGGGAAGGAGGUAGGGGAGAAGGUGGAGUUGUGGCUGGGGGGGUGUCACCCAGCCCACCUGCCCUCCCAGCCAGGCCCCCCACCUAUCCAGCUCUGACCUGCAUCUAAGAGUGAGAUCAAAGUCCACGUUACUCUGCGGAGUGAUCUUCCCAUUGAUGGCAUAAGGCUGUGGAGAUGGGAAGACAGCUCUGCCGGCCACCCACAGACACAGGGUCAGCCAUUCCUCAGCAAACAGGCAGACUGGCAUGCUGGCACUCAGACAAAGAAAAGAACACAGCCCUCCCUGCCCCCAAGAUGGGGGACAGCUGAGGACCAGCUGGUGAGCCAAGGGGUUGCAGGGAGCCUGGCAGGUGACCAGGAGGGAGUUCGAGAAAGAA